UGUGAUUGGCUGGAAAGAGGUGCUCUCGCGGCAGUGCAGCCCUCGUGUCAGUAGACUGUCUGUGUGUGGCACAGGAUAGCAUAGCUGGACGACGGGGAAAUGUGAGAUUGUCGAAGGAGUACAACGUUACACUUUUAAACGACCAAAACCUCUUCAAAAUCGGAAGUACGCUUUGGCACGAUUUUUUGGAUUACCCAGUCUUUCUUUUGUGAGUGGUUGCUCGCAGUCUGGAGUUUUAAGAAAGGAGGGAAAAGUCUCUGGGACCUGCAAAGAGAAGCAGCCGUCGAGAGUCGCUUCUGUUUUCAGAGAAAUGUUUGACGCGGUCGGCGUCGACCAGGAACAUUCUCGAUUAUUGAACUCAAUUUUCUGGAUUUGAUACGACAAAAGAUUUUUCAUAACCAUCUUGAUUUGUUUCGUUGUUCGCGGAGCCACGUAACAGGAGCAACCUCAGAAGACACCAAUCCAGACUGGGAGGGGAUCAAACUGUGUGGAUCUUAAAACGAGGUGGACACUGUCGGGGUAUUUGCCCCCCCCCCCAGCGACCACUGGAAUCGGGCUUUGUGUCCGAAUACACCGCUGGAGAAAAGCGGCGUGCCAGAGAGCCGCACAAUUCACAGACCUCCAAUAAAUAAGGGAUACAUUUCAAGAUGUAUCCGCAGGGCCGGCAUCCGGCGCCGCACCAGCCUGGUCAGCCAGGCUUCAAAUUCACAGUGGCCGAGUCCUGUGACAGGAUUAAAGACGAGUUUCAGUUCCUCCAAGCCCAGUAUCACAGUCUAAAGGUGGAAUACGAUAAACUGGCCAAUGAGAAGACAGAAAUGCAGAGGCACUAUGUCAUGUACUACGAGAUGUCAUAUGGGUUGAACAUUGAAAUGCACAAACAGACGGAGAUCGCUAAAAGGCUGAAUGCAAUUUUGGCCCAAAUUAUGCCUUUCCUGUCCCAGGAGCACCAACAGCAAGUGGCACAGGCUGUUGAGCGUGCCAAGCAGGUCACCAUGACCGAGCUGAACGCUAUCAUCGGAGUGCGUGGACUUCCCAACCUGCCUCUAACCCAACAGCAGUUGCAGGCGCAGCACCUGUCGCACGCCGCCCACGGCCCUGUGGCGCUGCCGCCGCACCCGUCGGGCCUGCAGCCGCCCGGCAUCCCCCCCGUCACCGGCUCCGGCUCGGGCCUGCUGGCCCUGGGAGCGCUGGGCAGCCAGGCCCACCUGCCCGUCAAGGACGAGAAGAACCACCACGACCUGGAGCACAGAGAGAGCACGAAUAAUUCCAUCUCCCCGUCCAGUCUGCGCACAGCCAGCGAAAAGCACCGUGGAUCCUCCGACUACAGCCUGGAGUCCAAGAAGCGCAAAGUAGACGAGAAGGACAACAUGAGCCGAUACGACAGCGACGGGGACAAGAGUGAUGAUCUGGUGGUGGACGUUUCCAACGAGGACCCAGCCACUCCCAGAGCUAGCCCCGCCCACUCCCCACCAGAGAACGGUCUGGAUAAGCCCCGCCCCCCAAAGAAGGACACGCCCAACAGCCCGGCCUCUGUGGCCUCGUCAGGAAGCACCCCCUCCUCCAAAACCAAGGAUCACGGCCACAAUGACAAAUCCUCCACGCCGGGCCUCAAGUCCAACACCCCCACGCCCCGCAACGACGCCCCCACGCCUGGCACCAGCACCACGCCUGGCCUCAGGCCCAUCCUGGGCAAGCCCCCCAUGGAGGCACUCGCUGCCCCAGCUCUGCGGACGCCCCUGUCCAUCGCGGGCUCGUAUCCCACGCCCUUCGCCAUGAUGGGCCACCACGAGAUGAACGGCUCCCUGGCCGGUGGGGGGGUCUACGCCGGCCUCCACAUCUCCCCCCAGAUGAGCGCGGCCGCCGCCGCCGCCUAUGGACGCUCACCCAUACCGGGGUUUGACCACCCCCAAAUGAGGGUUCCAGGUCUGCCAGCCAGUCUCUCUGCCAUCUCUGGAGGCAAGCCUGCGUACUCCUUCCACGUCAGUGCUGACGGACAGAUGCAGCCGGUGCCCUUUCCGCCGGACGCUCUGAUUGGGCCGGGCAUCCCGCGGCACGCGCGGCAGAUCAACACGCUGAACCACGGCGAGGUGGUGUGCGCCGUCACCAUCAGCAACCCCACGCGCCACGUCUACACCGGCGGCAAGGGCUGCGUCAAGAUCUGGGACAUCAGCCAGCCGGGCAGCAAGAGCCCCGUCUCCCAGCUCGACUGCCUGAACCGUGACAACUACAUCCGCUCGUGUAAACUGCUUCCCGACGGGCGCACGCUCAUCGUGGGCGGGGAGGCGAGCACGCUGACCAUCUGGGACCUGGCCUCGCAGACGCCGCGCAUCAAGGCCGAGCUGACCAGCUCCGCGCCCGCCUGCUACGCCCUGGCCAUCAGCCCCGACGCCAAGGUGUGCUUCUCCUGCUGCAGCGACGGCAACAUCGCCGUCUGGGACCUGCACAACCAGACGCUCGUCAGGCAGUUCCAGGGCCACACGGACGGCGCCAGCUGCAUCGACAUCUCCCACGACGGCACCAAGCUGUGGACGGGCGGCCUGGACAACACGGUCCGCUCCUGGGACCUGAGGGAGGGACGGCAGCUGCAGCAGCACGAUUUCACCUCCCAGAUCUUCUCCCUGGGCUACUGUCCGACGGGCGAGUGGUUGGCUGUGGGCAUGGAGAGCAGUAACGUGGAGGUUCUGCACCACACCAAGCCAGACAAGUACCAGCUGCACCUCCACGAGAGCUGUGUGCUCUCGCUCAAGUUCGCCUACUGUGGAAAAUGGUUCGUGAGCACGGGGAAGGACAAUCUGCUCAACGCAUGGAGGACUCCGUACGGCGCCAGCAUAUUCCAGUCGAAGGAGUCGUCGUCUGUCCUGAGCUGCGAUAUCUCGGCGGACGAUAAGUACAUCGUCACGGGCUCAGGCGAUAAGAAGGCCACUGUCUACGAGGUCAUCUACUGAGACGCUUCCGCAAGAGCAGCAGCAGCAGCAGCGGUGGAGCCGGCCCCGCUGGAGGACAGCAGGGUGGAGGGCGUCGGGGAAGGGGGGGGGGACGGCCAGACACACACACACACAUGUACAUACACGCUUGAGACCCCCUCUCAAACACUCAAACACUCACACACACACACACACACACACACACACACACACACACAUAUAUAUACAUUCUUUCUCUCUCUUUCUCUCUCUCUCUCACGUAAACACACACACACACACACACACACACACAGGACGCCUCAUCUGCCUGCUUGCCAGGACAGACAGACUGAUUUAAUGGCCUGAGGACUGCAGCUGAACUGGGUGGGUCCGGGCUGGUCUGAACCUGACUGAACCGGAUCGCAGUCUGGGUUGAUCAGCACCACGACCCCCCCCUGGCCCCCUCUCCAGUUGCCCCCCACCCCACCCCACCUGCCUGUUCAGUGCCCCCCCUCCUCGGCACAAAGAGAGGACAGAGACUGUCUGGUGUUCCCCCCCUCCCCCAUCUCCUUGUAUAUCGGUCUAUGUUGGAAAGUUGUUUCUUCCCUUUUAUUAUUAUUUUUUUGUCGGGUUUUUUUUGUGUAUUUUUUUUUUUAUUUUUAACACUGAGAAUGUUCUGCGUGCGGCUGUGACGUGAAGCAGUGCUUCGCUCGCCGAGCCGCAGUUGCUGGCGUGGUGGAGGUUCUGUGAAAAAUGUAUAUAAUGGAGGACUAAAGGCCUUUAUAGAUUUCUAUUUUGGUGUCCAGUUCCACUUGUGAUGGUCCCCCUCUCCUUGACGCGUCGUCUCCCCUGGCCCCCGGGGUUUGGAUAUUAGAUUAGGACCUCUCUUUUAUCCCGAGGAAAUUCUAUUCCUUUUUUUCCCCUCCCUCUCUCUCCCUCUCCCUCUCUCUCUCUCUCCCUCUCUCUCUCUCUCUCUCUCUCUCUCUCUCUCCUCCUCCUUCUGAGAAGUUCAUUUUCUGCCCUGACCUUUCAUGGAAAUCUAAUUUACUCCUUUUUUUGGUGUCCAUUAAAAAACAAUUUUGAGCUUCAUCAAAUUAUGGAGAUGUUUUGUACAAAAAAAAAAGAAAAAAGAAAAAAAAAAUCUUGUGGAUUCUAUUCCUUCUGGUUCCCUCCUCCCGCCCUCUCUCCCCCCGCCAUCUUGGUCAGCUGAGAGCAGCGGAUCGUCUGGCCAAUCAGGAGUGGACUCUGAAGGACGGGCCACUCCUCAUGCAGAGCCCACAGCCAACAGGAAGAAUAAGAUAUUUACAGAUCCUCAGUCUCUCACACACACACACACACACACACACACACACACUCAAAUGAGAUCCCUCUGCUGACUGUCUGCUGAACUUCCUGCUUUCCUGUCUCCGUCUGGGUCUGGCGGCGGGAAAGGAGGGGAGACGUGGGGAGGGCCAGAGAGUGUGAUGACCGCGGAGAGAGAGAGAGAGCACGAGAGAGAGAGAUGGAGACCAUCUUGCGAUCAAGCCGAGGAGACUCUGGACUCUGGACAGAUACUUUGGGGGUUUGCGGGGAUGAGAGACUCUUUGGUUGUGCAGUAUCAUGUUAAAGGGGAGAGAGGAGGGGGAUUUGGGGGAACAGCAUCUUGUCUUGUUAGUGGGUGACUUUAACUAUGGAUUUUUAAGAAAUUGGUUGAUGUUUUUCCUUACCGUCAGUCACAGUGACCAGUGACGGACAUUGGGGUGUUUGUGAGCAAUCGUCUUUUGUAACGCACUGAGCAAAGUGGAAUAACAUGACUCCGACUCAGCGCGGCGUUAUCCCCCCCUCACAGCAGCUCAAGCCAAACGCAAACACAUCUCUGUGGCCUGCGCGCCGGUUCUCCAUGGUUCUUUACGGUUCUAUAUGGUUCUACCCUGAUGGUGAUGUUCCAUACUGUCCAACCUCAGACGAAACCCACCAACGCCCACCCCUGCCCCACUUUGCAAAAGAGCUGGAUGAAACAAAGUCACUUCUCAAACACGCACCAAAGUAUGUAGCAAACUGUGUUGUCACUGAAGCUAAUGUACAGUUGUUGAUAAUUCAAUAAACUGUUUUUGUAUAAAA